GAUCAUACCUUCAUGGCAUCCUUGUUUGACUUUGCCAGCAGAAAUGUUUCCUUUAAAAGGCGGCCUGUGACUGCAGACAUUCACAACCUCAUCAGCCAUGAAAGCGGUUGUGCUUGCCCUGACCCUGGCCUUCGUGGCUGGUCAACCUCAAACCUUUGCUCCUGAUUUUGCUGCCGGUAAGACUUAUGUGUACAAGUAUGAGGCACUGCUCCUUGGAGGUUUGCCAGAGCAAGGUUUGGCAAGAGCUGGACUCAAAGUCAGUAGCAAAGUUCUCAUCAGUACCGAAUCCAAAAAUACAUUAAUGCUGAAGCUUGUGGAACCUGAGCUAUCUGAGUUCAGUGGCGUCUAUCCUAGAGAUCCUUUAACCCCAGCAACAAAGCUGACUUCAGCCCUGGCAGCUCAGCUCUUGACUCCCAUCAAGUUUGAGUAUGCCAAUGGUGUUGUUGGGAAAAUGUUCGCCCCUGAGGGAAUCUCAACCAUGGUGCUGAACAUCCACAGAGGUAUCCUGAAUAUUCUUCAGCUCAACAUCAAGAAAAGACAGAAUGUCUACAAGAUGCAGGAGGCCGGAGCUCAGGGUGUGUGCAAGACCCUCUAUGCCAUCACUGAAGACGAAAGGGCUGAACGCAUCCUUUUGUCAAAGACCAGGGAUCUGAACCACUGUCAGGAGAAGGUCAUGAAGGACAUAGGGUUGGCAUACACUGAGAAAUGUGCAAAGUGCCAGCAGGAUUCAAAGAACCUGAGAGGAACUACAGCAUACAAUUACGUCUUGAAGCAAGUUGCUAACGGCAUCCUGAUCCUGGAGGCAUCAGUCAAUGAGCUGAUCCAGUUCUCACCUUUCAAUGAGAUGAAUGGAGCUGCUCAGAUGGAGACAAAGCAAUCCUGGGUCUUCCUUGAGAUUCAGAGGACCCCCAUUGUACCCCUCCAGGAACAGUAUCUUCACCGUGGAUCUCUUAAGUACGAGUUUUCCACCGAGCUUCUUCAGACACCUAUUCAGCUCAUCAAGAUCACCAAUGUUCAGGCCCAGAUUAUGGCGGUCCUGAAUCAUCUGAUUGCCCACAACAUGGGCAAAGUCCAUGAGGACGCCCCUCUGAAGUUUUUGGAACUCAUUCAGCUCCUCCGUGUUGCCCGCUUUGAAGACCUGGAACUGCUUUGGAGCCAAUACAAGACCAGACCUACCUACAGACAGUGGAUCUUGGAUGCCAUCCCCGCCAUUGGAACUCCUGCUGUUCUGAAAUUCAUCAAAGAGAAAUGGCAGACUGAUGACCUGACUGUUGCUGAAACGGCUCAGGCUUUGAUUGCAUCUGUUCACAUGGUGACAGCAAACACUGAGGCCAUCAAUCUGUUUAAGGCCCUGGCAGCCAACAACAAGAUAUUGGAAAAACCAAUUCUGCGUGAGAUUGUCUUCCUCGGCUAUGGUACCAUGAUUUUAAAACACUGUGUUGAGAUGGCUGUCUGCCCUGCUGAACUUAUAAAGCCCAUCCAGGACCUCCUUGCAGAGGCUGUUGCUAGAGAUGAGACCCCGGACAUCAUCCUGUUCCUGAAGGUUUUGGGUAACGCUGCCCAUCCUGUUAGCCUUAAGCCGAUCACAAAGAUCCUGCCCAUACAUGGCACUGCCGCUGCAGCUCUGCCCAUGAGAGUCCAUGCUGAAGCCAUCAUGGCGUUGAGGAACAUUGGAAAGAAGGAGCCCAGAAUGGUCCAGGAAUUGGCUCUUCAGCUCUACAUGGACAAGGCUCUUCACCCAGAGCUUCGUAUGCUGGCAUGCAUCGUGCUGUUUGAGACAAGGCCUCAAAUGGGUUUGGUGACAACUCUUGCCAACAUUGUGAAGACAGAGCAGAAUCUGCAGGUAGCAAGCUUCACUUAUUCUCACAUGAAGUCCCUGACAAGGAGCACCGCCGCUUUCCAUGCCUCAGUUGCUGCAGCUUGCAACGUCGCCAUCAAAAUGUUGAGCCCAAGGUUGGACAGACUGAGCUUACGUUUGAGCAAAGCCACCCACAUGGACGUCUAUAACAAUCCCUUGAUGCUUGGUGCUGCUGCCAGCGCUUUCUACAUCAAUGAUGCUGCCACCAUCCUGCCCAGAUCUAUUGUGGCUAAGACCAGUGCCUACCUUGCUGGAGCCGCUGCUGAUGUUCUGGAGGUUGGAGUAAGAACUGAGGGACUCCAAGAGGUUCUUCUGAAAAACCCUGAACUCAUUGACAAUGUUGACAGGAUCACCAAGAUGAAGCGUGUCAUUAAGGCUCUCUCUCAGUGGAGGGCUCUGCCCACCAGCACACCUCUGGCCUCCGUCUAUCUCAAAAUCUUCGGACAAGAAAUUGCCUUUGCCAACUUCGACAAAAUCUUGAUUGACCAGGCCAUUGCGCUCGCCACUGGACCCUCUGUUCAGGCAUUUGGUAGGAACGCUAUCAAGACUCUACUCUCUGGUGCUACCUUUAACAUGGCUAAACCCGCGCUGGCCACCGAAGUGAGGCGCAUCAUGCCAACUGCUGCUGGAUUUCCAAUGGAGCUCAGUAUGUACACGGCAGCUGUGGCUGUCGCAGCUGUUCAAGUCCAGGCCGUCACAACACCAGCUCUGCCAGAAAACUUCCUUAUUAGUCACCUUUGGAAGACAAACAUACAGUUGGAGACUGAGAUUAAACCAAGCAUUGCUGUGAACACAUUUGCUGUGAUGGGGGUAAACACUGCCCUAUUCCAGGCUGCCGUGCUAUCAAGAGCUAAACUCAACAUCAUUAUGCCUGCUAAAAUCGCUCUAAGAUUUGACCUCACUGAGGGCAACUUCAAGAUCGAAACUCUGCCUGUUUCUGUGCCUGAAAACGUUGCAGCUGUAUAUGUUGAGACUUUUGCUGUGGCGAGAAAUAUUGAGGAUCUUGCUGCCGCAAAAAUCAUUCCCAUCAUCUCCAAAGCUGUGCCACCCAUCUCAAGGGAGAUUCUCACAUCUGGUGCUGCUAGUUGGUCAAAAUCCUCAGAGAACAUUCAGGAUGUGGCAGCUCCCCUUUCUGUUACAACACUCAAAGCAGCUCAGUUUGAGAAAAAGUUGUGCACUAAAGCUGUUGCCAUUGGAAUGAAGGGCUGUUUGAAGGUCGCCUCUGAAAACGCUGCUCCCUACCAGGACAUUGCCCUGUUCAAACUGGCUGGAAAGCACUCUAUUGUUAUUACCAUCACACCAAUUGAGGGUGUGUCCAUUGAGAGACUGGAGAUGGAGCUUCAAGUUGGACCAAAGGCUGCAGAGAAGCUCAUUAAACAGAUCAACCUCAGUGAAGAAGUCAUUGACGGAAGACCGGCCUUGAUGAAGCUCAGGAAAAUCCUGGCUCCUGGUCAGAAGAAUGUCCCCUCAUCUUCCUCCUCUAGCUCCAGCAACUCUCGCUCCAGCUCCUCAUCUCGUGUCAGCAGCAACAGCAGCAACAGCAGCAGCAGCAGCAGCAGCAGCAGCAACAGCAGCAGCAGCAGCAGCAGCAGCAGCAGCAGCAGCAGCAGCAGCAGCAGCAGCUCCUCCAGAUCUUUGAGCAGGUCCAGCUCUGCAUCUAGCCUUGCAUCGCUCUUUGGUGUUAGCUCAAGUUCUUCUAGCUCCAGUGCUCUUCUCUCAAAGCGAAUGAUUUAUCGCCACAAGUUCCAGAAGAACCACAAGAUGCAGACUCUCACCUCUCAAGCAGUCGCAGUUUCCAGCAAAAGCAGAAGCAGUGCCUCAAGCUUUGAGGCUAUCUACAAACAGAAAAAAUUCCUUGGCAGUGAACUUCCUCCUACUUUUGCCCUCAUCGUCCGUGCCAUCAGAACUGACAAAAAGAUGAUGGGAUUUGAACUGUCAGUCUACAUGGACAAACUUACCAGCAGACUUCAGGUUAUUCUGGCUGCCUUGGCUGCUGAUAACAACUGGAAGCUCUGUGCUGAUGGAGUUCUGCUUAGCAAGCACAAAGUCACAGCUAGAGUCGGCUGGGGAGCAGAAUGCAAGCAGUACGACACCAUGAUCACAGCGGAGACUGGUCUUCUUGGUCCAAGCCCUGCAGCUCGCCUCCGAGUGGCCUGGAACGAACUGCCUGCUGCCUUUAAACGCUAUGCAAAGAAGGUGGUUGAUAACAUUCCUGCUGCCAUGCUGGCUGGCUGGAUUCAAGGAAAGGAUACAAACAGCACCAGUCAGCUCUCACUUACAGUGGUUGCCACAUCUGCCAAGACCGUUGACUUAAUUUGGAAGACACCAACACGUACUGUCUAUAAGCUGUCAAUGCAUCUUCCCAUCGCUCUGCCACUUGAAGAAAUCAAAGGUCUCACCCCCUUCGAUGACAUCGCUGAUAAAGUCCACUACUUGUUUGCCAAGGCUGGCGCAGCUGAAUGUUCCCUCAUCAAACACACACUGACAACAUUCAACAACAGGAGAUUCAAGAAUGAGAUGCCGCUGUCUUGCUACCAAGUUCUGGCACAGGAUUGCACUGAUGAGCUGAAAUUCAUGGUUCUGCUGAAGAAGGAUAACAUUGAACAGAACCACAUCAAUGUGAAGAUUGCUGACAUUGAUAUUGACCUGUACCCGAAGAACACUGACGUGAUUGUGAAGGUCAAUGGAAUGGAAAUACCAAUCAACAACCUGCCGUACCAGCAUCCCACAGCUAAAAUCCAGAUCAGGCCAAAGGGUGAAGGCAUCUCUGUGUACGCUCCCAGCAACGGUCUUCAUGAAGUCUAUUUUGACAAGAACUCAAUUACGGUUAAAGUUGUGGACUGGAUGAAGGGAAAGACCUGUGGACUCUGUGGAAAGGCUGAUGGGGAAGUCAGACAGGAGUUCUACACACCCAACGGACGCUUGACCAAGAACGCCCUCAGCCACGCUCAUUCCUGGGUUCUGCCAGCCGAGAGCUGCAGGGACACCAGUGAGUGCCGCAUGAAGCUCGAAUCUGUGCAGCUGGAAAGGCAGAUAAACAUCCAUGGCCAGGAAUCCAGAUGUUACUCUGUUGAGCCGGUGCUGCGCUGCCUGCAGGGCUGUUUCCCCAUGAAGACCACCGCCGUCACUGUUGGCUUCCACUGCCUGCCUGCUGAUUCGGCCCUGAAUCGCCCCGAGAGUCUCAGCAGCAUCUACGAUUCCAGCGUGGACCUGAGGGAAACAGCAGAGGCCCACCUAGCCUGCAGCUGCACUGCUCAGUGUGCAUAAAAACAUUUACUUCUGUCGGUGACUUAAAUCAUGUGCAUUUUUUGAAUAUAAUUUUAAAUAAACUGCAUCUCAAAUAA